UUUAUAAUUAGAAAAUGGACGCUUAUCACAUGAUCAAAAAAAUAAUCAUCUAGCUUUACCUGUGAUUUAUCAAUAUAACCUAAUAAAUAAUAAUUUGUUGACAAACAUCAAAAUAUUUUGAUGUUUACAGAUAAAAUUCUGUAAAGUUUAUUAAUUUUUUAAUUUAUUUAAUUAAAAAAAGGAAAAUGUCAUUGAUUGAAUUUGAAAGUUCAAGAGUUAAAGAUGCUGAACGAGAAAAUCUCAGACGAGCUCGUGAAAGAAUAUUAGCUGAGGCUGAAGAAAAAUAUAGAAUAAAAGAAGCAAAAGCUGAAAGAUCUAGACAAAGAGGUGAUGACAAAUGGAUGUUGCCAUCAGUUGAAGAAAAAUUGUCAUCUGAUAAAUCAAAGAAAAAGAAAAAAAAAGAUAAAAAGAAGAAAAAAACAAAAAAAAGAAAACGUAAAAGAAGUACAUCAAGUUCAUCAAGUGAUAGUUCAUCAGAAGAUGAAAAAGAAGAAUGGGUUGAAAAAUCAUCAAGUAAAGAACAAAGUAAACCAUUGGAAAGAGAAGAAUGGAUGAAUUUAUCAAGUGCAUUUGCUUGUUCAUCAAGAGAAAAAAAAAACAAAAAAACUGAUGAAAAAAAAGAUACUUUAGAUAAUCCAGGACACAAUAUACGUAAAUUAAAUCCAUAUUGGAAAAAUGAUGGAGCAGGUUUACCUGAGGAUGCAAUAAAAAAACCAAAUAAACCAACUAUGGAUCCAGCUUGGUUAAAAAAAAGUCUCCAACGUGCUCGAGAACAAGCAAUGGAAGAGGGAAAAACACUUGAAGAAAUUGCUGAAGUAAGAUGGGGUUCUUUGGAUAAAAUAAAAUCAAUGAUUGAAGAAGCUGAAAUAAAUUCAAGAAGUUCAUCAAAUGAUUAUUCAUCUAGAAGAAAUUAUGAUUAUGACAAAAGAAGAAGAAGAUCAAGAUCAAGAUCUAGAAGUCGUGAUCGUUCAAGACAAAAUUAUCACAAUAAUUAUAAACAUUCUGACUUUAGUAGUGAAAAAAAAUUAUCAUUUAAAAAACCAACUGAUAAUAAUGAUUCUAGUUCAAAUUAUUACUCGAAAUCUUCUUCAUCUUCAUCAAGAAAAAAUUGGCAAAAGCCUAAACCAAUUGACAAUCAAGAUAAUAAUGUCAAAGAAGUUCCAAUAACUUCAUACGAGAGUAUAAAAAAAACAAAAGACAAACGUUCAUCACCAUCAUCAUCAUCAUCAGAAUCAGAAAAAGAAAAAGAAGAAGAACCAACAAAAUCAAAUGACAUUAAAAUUCUAUCUGAAGAUGAAUUAAAUAAACUUGGUGCUGCUGUAAUAAAAGCUGAACUUCGUGGUGAUGAAAAACUAGCAAUGGAAUUAAAAGAAAAGCUAGAUAAUGCACGUGAAUUAAAAUUAAAAAAUCCACAAAUAGCUGUAGCAAGAAGAGUAGAUAAUAAAUCAGAAGAAAAUGUAAUUUUAACAUUAACUGAUGCUAAAGGAAUGACAAGACCACUUGAACAACGUUCAAAAUAUCAAGAGCCACAAGGUGGUCGAAGAAAAACUAAAAAAGUAUCAACACAUGAAUCUGGUGAACGUGUACGUCAUUAUGCUGAUGAUGACAAGUAUAAUCUUAAAGAUCUAUUUGUUAAAGAAAAAGGUGAAUCAUCAUCAAACAAUGAUGAAGCUGUAUUUGUUAAAAUGGCAUCAAAAAAUAUGGAUAUGGAUGAAUUAUUUGAAUUAAAUAUAACAAAAGAAAGCAAUGAUUCUAAAAAUGAUUUACGUGAUAAAAUGAAAGCCAUUAAUGAGCACAAAAAGAUUGAAAAAAGUUUAGAUAAUUGUUAUUCAUGUUUUGAUAGUAAAAAAAUGCUUAAACAUUUAAUUGUUGCAAUGGGAAAUAAAAUGUAUGUUAGUUUGCCAUCACAUGAGUCAUUGACACCUGGACAUUGUAUUAUAUCACCAAUCCAUCAUGUAGCAUGUCAAACACAACUUGAUGAAGAUUUUUAUGAUGAAUUAAAAUUAUUUAAAACAUCAUUAACUAAAAUGUUUACUGACAAUAAUGAAUGCCCAGUAUUUUUUGAAAUAUCAAUGGGAUUAAAACGUUUUCCACAUAUGCAAAUGAUUUGUGUAUCGUUACCAGAAGAUGUUGGAUCAAUGGCACCAAUGUAUUUUAAAAAAGCCUUGCUAGAAUGUGAAACAGAAUGGUCGACAAAUAAGAAAGUUGUUGAUUUAAGUAAAAAAGAUAUUAGAUCAUCAAUUCCAAAAGGUUUACCAUAUUUUAUGGUUGAUUUUGGUAAUUAUGGUGGUUUUGCUCAUGUCAUUGAAGAUGAAAUGUUAUUUCCAAUUAAUUUUGCACAAGAAAUUAUUGGUGGUAUGCUGGAUCUUGAUUCGGCAAUGUGGAGAAGACCAAAACGACAAACUUUUGAUCAACAGAGAAAAAAAGUUAUUGAAUUUGGUGAAAAAUGGAAAAAAUAUGAUUUUACUACAACGUAAUAUAAUUUGUACAAUAAUAUUUGAAUAAAUAACAAAAGGUAUGAAAAUUGUUAUAUUAUUAUUAACAAUUUAAUAAUAUUUAAAUAAAUAUUUCUAUCAUUGAUUUAAAAA